AGCGAAAUUCUGGAACAUGCUACUUAGGCACCUGAUGAGGAUACCUGCAGGGCUGGUUAAUCAAAAUCAUUAUCAUAAAAGGAAAUUUUCUUUAAAAUAAAAUCAACGAUAUUUUCUUAAACUUCGAUAGGAUCACUGAAUUCUGUAUCCUCUUUUGGUAGUUAUGAUGGAUUAUGGUAUGGAAAAGGAAAUUAACCAUUUUCCCUGUUUGUUCCUCAGACUCGAGCAUUGUAUAUACAUCGGAAAUUAUAAAAGGCAUCCCAUGGUGGAUGAUUCAUAGAAUUACAUAAAAUUUUACUUUCAUAUCAGCUAAACAAAAUUCUAUUUUUCAGUGGGCAUAUAAAAGAUGCCUGAGGGACAAAACUCGCUGGUGAAAGAAAUUAAUUUGCCUUCCCCGGAACAGAAGGAAUUCGACAAGACAGUAUUUCCUCUAAUUCUUUGUCCUAACAACGAAAUUGAAAACAAAGCGGUAUUUGAAUCAAUUGCAAAGGUCACUGAAUGGAUAAAAACAGAUAAAACGGUAAUAGAAGAUCAGCUUUUAAAACACGGCGCAAUCCUUUUCCGAGAUUUUCCACUAGAAUGCCCAUCAGAUUUCGAUUCCUUUGUCAAGGCCUUUAACUACGGCGCCCUGCCCUACGUAGGAGGAGCUGCACCAAGGACAUUGGUUGUAGGGGACGUGUACACUUCAAAUGAAGCGCCACCCGACAGUCUUAUACCUUUCCACCAUGAAAUGGCUCAAGUACCUAACUAUCCAAGUGUGCUCUUCUUCUACUGCGACAUCCCUCCCACGGAAGGUGGACAGACACCCCUUGUCCCUUCCAACCUGGUAUACAAGAAGAUGGUGAAACUCGAGAGUGAAUUUGUCAAUACCUUGAAAGAAAAGGGUGUUAUCUACACUCGAGUUUUGCCAAACGGCGACGAUCCAACUUCACCGAUCGGUCGUGGAUGGCAAUCCACAUACGGGACAGAAGAUAGAGUAGAAGCUGAGAAAAAAGCAUUGGAACUUGUUGGAUCCAUUGAAUGGCAGAAGGACGGAUGCCUUAAAACUGUCACAAGAGUUCUCCCGGCAAUUCGAGAGGAUCCGAGGACGGGAAAGGAGAUGUGGUUCAACUCGAUCAUCGCCGUAUUCCGAGGCUGGAAAGAUUCUCGAAAUUCCCCAGAGACAUCCAUCACUUUUGGAGAUGGCACCCCGAUGAAUCCAAGAGUGAUGGACACCCUUGAAAAUGUGCUGAACGAGUUAGCCAUUGAUUUCCGUUGGCAAAAGGGUGAUGUAGUUAUGUUAGAUAACAGACAAGCACUACACGGGAGAAGGUCGUUUGUCCCUCCCCGACGCAUCUUGGCAGCUCUGUGUAAAUAGCUCCAAAGUAUCUAUUGUAUCUGUUUCAAAGAUAUGAACGCUUAAGCUUAUAUUUAUUUUAUUUAUUACAACAUUUGAAACGCAAUAGGUCGAUAUUAUACAUGUAUUAUAUAUUUGAUUUCUUCAAUUCUCAAUAAUAUUGAAUAAUACUUAUAAACUAUAAAUGUAUGUUUUUAUCACUACAGUAUGGCCAUGAGAGUGAGAUUUGUAUGUCAGUAGUAUAUUUGUUGAAUUAUAUUUGUGUAGCGAUAGGUUACGUACAAAUUAAUAAAUUGUUUACUAUGAUA